GCAGUCCUAAAAAUCGUCUUUUAGGAUUCGUCCUAAAAGGUCUCCCGCGGCCCGUUCUCAUAUUCGUAUACGCAGCCGCGUCGCCGAUGUCCGCCAGGUCCUGGCUGGUGUCCGUGGUACACACUGCGGAGGCCUUGGGCGGGCGAGGAGGGGUGGGUGAAAAGCGCGGUCACCCCGAACUUCAAAAAUUCAAAUUCGAAUUUUCGCGGACGCAAGGCGGCAGGGGCGGAGGACGGCCGGGCGACGCGUCUGACGUACAAAAGACGGCGCUGGCGAAGCGUUCGGCGCGGGUAUCCAUCUUCCGACUCCACGCGAGUUGUGAGCAGCGGGGGCAACUUCCGGCAAGGAGCAUCGUCGCCACCAUCGCUGUGUGCUGUCUUGUGGACUCCGACGCACGCCAUCUUCUGUUGCAGCGUACGUCAAUGGGCCCAUCUACGGGUCCGGCGUGCGUGUCUCUCUUCACUUGGUUCAGCAGCGGGCGUGUCUUCGGUGUUUGUGGCAGGCGUCAUGCUCUUCGGGGAGGAAGAUUCCCAAAAAUGGAUCUUCGCGUCAACGGGCACGGUCUGCGCGAAGAGGAGAUCGACGUGGUCGCGAUGGCGGUUACUGCCAUCGUCGUGAACACGAUGGGCGGCAUCGCAUUGCCGAAGUGCCGGAUUGCAUGGCCACGUGUGAGGCAGUCGUCCAGUUGUGCGCCGCGCUGUCAUCUGGCGUUUUCCCACGGCGGACCCCGCGUUGGACGGACUGGCGGGACAUGGGAGGAUCUUCGCCUCUGUGAUGACGCGACGGACGAGUAUUACCGGCAGAAGUUGCGCAUGUCGUUGGCCAUGUUCAGGCAGAUCGUUGUCGCGUGCGCCGCGUAUGUGGAGAAGAAGGUGACGCACUACAGGAUGCCUUUGCAAGUGGAGCAGGUAAUCGCUUUCGCGUUGUACAGGUGGGCGUCGGGAGAGACGUACGAGAGCGACACUUCCUCCUUCGGCAUCAGCAGGGCAACUGGACUGCAGGCCGUCCGCGACGUCACUUCGGCGCUGCUGCAGGCGUACCCCGACGCUAUCAAGUGGCCAGUUGGCCGUAGACGUGCGCAGAUUCUGCGCGCAUUCCGUAACAAGGGUUUCCCGAACUGCUUCGGCGCGAUCGACUGUACACACAUCUACAUUGACAAGCCCGCCGGCGCACCUUCCAACAACUACUACGACCGCAAACAGAAGUUCUCCGUGCAGGAGCAGGUGGUGGUGGAUUUGGAUCUGCGGAUCCUCGACGUCCACAUCGGAUACCCGGGAAGCGUGCACGAUGUCCGCGUCCUGCACAAUUCCCAGCUGUGGAGGCGUGCAAAAGCUGGCGAGCUGUUCGACGCACCUCCGGAGAAUCUGCCGCAUGGUGUCGUCACGCGAGGUUACCUACUAGGCGACAACGGUUAUCCAGUUGCCUGUCCAUGGAUCGUGCAGCCGUACGGAGGAAUCGACCAACAUCCUGACGAGGAGCGCUUCGACACGCGGCAGAAGGUGGCGCGGGGGUGUGUGGAGAGGGCAUUUGGGUGACUGAAGUGCAUGUGGCGUCUGUUUUUGCGCACCCACAAGACGAACCUGGAGACCUU